CACUUUGUCUGCUCUUCUUCUUACUUCGAUCAACACGAUUUCUCCAAGCUCCAGAGACUGUGUGCAAUAAAAAAAUGGCAACGUCAGCCCUGAAUCCGAACGCGCCGAUGUUCGUGCCGUCGGCGUACCGUACGGUGGAGGACUUCUCCGACCAGUGGUGGGACCUCGUCCACUCCUCACCGUGGUUCUGUGACUACUGGCUGCGCGAGUGCUUCUCCGAUCCCCAAAUCGAAUCACUCUUUCUCGAUAUCACCGGCGGCGACGACGACCAAGUCCACGGCGACAGCAGCGCCAUCACCGAAGCUUUCACCAAAGGGAAAGAAGGAAAUAUGGAUCUGGUGGCGCUGGGGUGGUUGAAGUGGCGGAAGCCGCGUGGUGUGGCGGAGAUGCCCAGGUACUGCGAGAAAUCGCCCAAAUUUGUGAGCAUGAGGGUGAACCCUAGGCCGAUCCAGCAGCCGCGCUAGAGAGUGAGUCGAGUUGAUGACUCAGUGAGUCGAAAUAAGAAUAAUCAGUUAGGAGCUUUUAUCCUGUACAAUUUGUUUUCGCCUGUAAGUAAACAACGACUUUUCACCUUAGCUUCUAACUUUCAAAUUAGCGUUUUCUGUUCAUAUUUGAGUAAAAUAAAUCUGCGCUUUUUAAGCCUUGUAGAAAUGAAUGCCCUUUAUUUGCUUCU